CGACCCGACUCGACUCGACUCGGUCGUUGUUUGCUGGCCCCACAUCGCACCUGGCCGCGUGGAGAAGACGGUCGCACGCAUUCCGUGACCCUUCGUUCUUCAUUCAAACGUCUCGCCUGCGUUCCGCUCGUUCUCCAGUUGAUUCUCCGUGAUUCUCCACCGGAGGUUAGGAGAUCGAGAAAGUUGAUCGCCCGGUAAAACACACGUUGCGUAUACAUGAGGGAGGAAACGAAGGAGGAGGACGUUGAAGAAAGCAGUGUGCCAUAUACUGUUCCCAUGAACCUGUCGUUCGAGCAGUGAGGGGAAGUGCCGGUGGUGGUAGUGGUAGUGGAGGUGGUGGUGGUGGUGGUGGCGGUGGCAGUGGUGAUGGUGGUGGUGGUGGUUGCGGUAAAACGUGUCCACGAACCUCUUCCUCUCCCUCUUCGCUCACUCCACCGAGCCGGUAGCAGAACGGGACAGCAGUAGGUCGACGACUAAAGGGUGAAUAGAAAAGUGUAGUCGUCGUCCGUGUAAUUUUUGCAACGGAUUUACAAAUUGUUCUCUCAAAUCUGACUAAAAACCGAAGCUAGAAGCCUCCACUUUCGUUAUUCCCUUCGGCUGUCCGCGGAGGAAGGUGGAACGUGCCGGAGAUAUGCGCGUGCUAUCGAUCACGCGGGCCGAUCACGCGGAUAUGUGAUACCGGAAGUAGGUACGGCAGGCAGGCCUCGACCUGCGUGCAGGUGCUCCACUGUAUGCGUACCACGUAUGCGUACAGACGAAAUAGGGGCGAGCAACGACAGAGAAGAGAAGGGUGCGCGAGAAGAGGCCGCGUGUCCAGGGCCAGUCGUGAAGAUGCACGCCACCGACGCCGUCGCCGCGACGGCGUCCCUGCCGUCAUCCACGUCCAUCGCAUACAGGAAGCCCGGCUAUGCGGUCAACCUUGUCGUCGUGCUCCUCGUGUCCUGCUGGCUCGUCCACGACCGGAUGGCCCUCGGCAUGUCCGAACCACCCGAACUCACCACCGUCGAGGAUUUAACUGACAGAGGAACAAAAAAAUUCGGCGACGACUGCGUGGAAGAUCGUGAAUGCGGUUUCAGUGGUUCUUACUGCGAACCAAAGAAGAGCAAAUGCACGUGCAGGGAGGAAUUCGAGGCGACGAAUCAUAUCGACAAAUGUGGACACCCGGUGAACGUGAACGAGUCGUGCUUCUUCCACGAACAAUGCGAGGCGAGGGUGAGCCAAACGGAGUGCAGGGACGGUCGUUGCAUUUGCAUCUUCGAGAAGAUUCCGGUUACCCAGCCUGAUGGCGCGAUUGUGUGCGUCGCCGAGCAGAAAGAAGAACCCAAUCUCCAAUAUAUCGAUCCUACGAUGAUCGGUGUUCUCGUUGGUAUGGCCCUCAUGUUCAUCAUCAUCUGCGUCGUCCUUAGGCUUUUCAGCAAGGCUCGCUGGCGUGAGAACCGCACCAUCUUCAAUACGCCGAACGCCCGUCUGAUGAACGUGUCGUUACUGAGGGAGAACAAGCUGCUGCACCCGCAGGAGAGACGCGGUUCAAGGGCAAGCGUACGGGUCCCUUCGAGGCAACCCUCAAUGGCCUCCUUACGCGCCCACUCGCCGAACGCCUCGCAAGGUGCGAAACACUCUCAGCACUCACAGCACAGAGUGAGCCUUCAUUCAGCCAGGAACAAAAAGAACGGGUCACGAACAGGAUCACGACGCGGAAGCCGCGGCAGCAGUGGAAACGCGUCGGCUGUCUCGACGAAAUCGAACAAAUCCCCGCCGAAUCAGCCGAGCAACAUGACGGAAACCGUAUUGGAGAACGUCACCGUGGAAAUUCUCGAGGCCAAGGCGUAGACCCCUUGGAGAACGGAAGCAACAGCGCUCACGAUCAUCGUUGCCAUUUGUCAUUUUCCUACCAACGACGAUCGCGAGGGAUCGCCCUACAGCGAAGCGACUUGAGCAAUCUCUCUUUCAGAACGUACAAAUUUACUUCACUCGCAUUUUCUAUUUUCUAUUUUCUAUUUCCUAUUUCUUUUUUUUUUUUUUUUUUUUUUGUUUCCAAAUUUUUUUUUUUUUUUUUUUUUUUGUUUCCACGCGAAAAAACUUGCUCGUUUGCGUUUUACGUCUGUUGGCUUCGGCACGACAUUCAGGAAUCGAUUAACGUGCAUUUGCGUAGUAGCCGUUUGUUCCUACAUGAAUCAAAGUUCAACGAGGAUAAUCAAAGACGCGCAAUUUGAGAAAUUACCGAUCGAUUGCGAGAUAAUCGUCGUUUAAUUUUUGAUUGCAAAUCGCCGAUUUCGACGAACAGUUAGAGAAAUUUCACGGUAUCGUUGGAAAUGUUUCGAGUUCGAUGUUCAAAGUGUUUUGCACGAAGAAAUGAAGAGAUGAUCCUACGGCCGUGAAAUCGCCGUCGGAUCUUGUCAGAAACCUUACCGUAGAUUACUCGAAAAAAAAAUAUAAAUUCUUAUAGACCGUUUAGAUUUUUGUUGCGUUUGAAAAAAAGAAAGACAAGGAAAUUGGAAACAUAUACAAAUUCUUUUCAACGAGCAAAAAGAGGGAAACUUGGCCUCGCGAGUCGCCGAUUCGCGAGACGAAGGUUCCUCGUUUACGGUCUGUUCGUUUGCUAUUGACUCGCGUUACAGACGGGCCAAUGAAAUCUGAAGGCGAAACAUGGCACGAGACGUGUCAUCGCGCGUCAUUUGUCCGUGAAAUACGAAGCUUCACAUCGACUCGCCAUGUUUCUUUUCCUUCGAUGUUUGGACCAAACGACAACGUACGUUUCGCCACUCACGCAAAAAUGAUUCAUCGCUUUCAAGCUAAUCAAUCUCUAGACGAUAGAAACGAAUUCGUAUUUUAUAAACGACACUAUCAAAUCAGUAAUACUAGACGAUCUUUCUAACAAAUGUUGUGAGUGCAAACAAUCGUUUCAGACGAACGCCAAAAAAAAAAAGAGAAAAAAAAAAGAAAAAAAAAACGGCGAUCCGUCAACAAUCAGUUAGAACCGAUCCAGAUCGGUUCCGUCUGCGAGAUAUAUAUAUAAUCGCGUUCUGUCUUUUAUCUCUAUAUCAAUUCUAUUGUACAUUUUUGAAUAUUACGCCACCGUACGAGAUACUCGAUUCCUUUAACCUGAAAUGUAACCUUUACACGAAACGUAUGUACAACCGACUCACUGCUUUAUGUUUUACGGAUCCAGAACGGACAGUAAUCGUUCUCGAGUAAUCGAGAUCUUGACCAGAGCUAAAAGAUAGAACUCUGAUGUUGUAGCUGCGCUUUAUCGUACUGUAGGUACAUAUGUCAAAUCGUCAGCUGGUCUGAUACAAAAUCGAUAUGUUAUUAUUCGUACGAAGGAAUGGAGAAGGUGUCUGCUGCAGGAUGACAAGGGGAUCGUGCCUGCGAGAGACUUCUUGGCAGAUCCUUCCCGUGGGUUACGUAUUGUAUAUGCCAGCACGAUAUCAGUCGAUGAAUUACCGAUCGUUCAUGCCAGAAAAAUGAUAGGUACUCUUUUUCUGGCUCUUCUUUUCGAGAAGCCAACACGAAUGGGACCAGACGAAAAGUGUUUGAACCGACAUCGUGUGGGGAGGGGGUCACGCUAUGCGUACAAUUACAUACGUAGCAGCGUAGUGAACCAAUCAAGCCGCGUGAUAAUUAAGCACACUGUCGAGCAGAGCUCUAUCUGCUCCGCGACAACCAUGUUUAAAGUAAGAAUUAAUAAGAAAUCGUGCACGAUCAUGUUCGUUACGCGUAACGAGGGAACGAGACACAAUAUGCGUUACAUGUAUGCAUUUAUAUAUGCAUAACGCUACACGAUCGUUUCCUGUCGACGCGAGAUUCGUAGGCGUUACAUUCACGAUCGAUUGUUCGUCCGAGAUUACUCUUAUCCCUUAUCCACCUUUUCGUCGAACGUUCCUUUAAAACUUUACUUUCUCACGUUUCUGAAUUUUUGCGAGCAAGUUUCUUGCUCGAACCGUUCUAUAGUCGUCUGCCUUACGAGACAAGCUUUAUUCGCUCCUCGAGGAGGAACAUUCGUCAAACACGAUGAUAAUGAAAGAGACGUGUGUUCGCGUGUUCAAAAAGAUUCUUUCGAAAGAAAGAAAAAAAAAAAAAAAAAAGAAGACAAAGAAGUUGAAAAGAUUUACGUUUUUCGCGUGAACUGUUAGAAAAUUUAUUGCAAGAACAAACGGAUUAAAAAAGAAUAGAACAGACGAAAUAUCACCUCGAGAUGUACUUCAUUUUAGAUAGAAACACGACCAAAUACAAAUUGUACAUGAAUUUGUACGACUGUAUUACCUGACUAUUAAUUGCACAAGGCCUCAUUAUCAAAACGUCGAUCUACGGUAUGCUAUAUAUACAUACAAACACACGAUAUAUCAAUAUAGUUACAUACACACACAUACACAUAUACAUUGAAAUCAUCUUUCUCCUUCCCGAGAAUCAUUGAUAGUCUGGUACGAUUGUAUCUCAGCAAUUUAGUGCCUGCGCUCUCGCGUAUAUAGUAUUUACAGCUAAAAAAGAAGAUGAAAUUAAUUAGGUGAAUAAAUAAAUAAAUUAUAUAUACAUGUAUAUCUAUGUAUAUAUAUAUAUAUGUAUAUAUAUAUACAUAUUUGUGUAUAUAUGGUAUAUCUGUUUAUAUGUAUAGAUAUACUACUAUAUAUAAUAUAUAUAUACAUAUGUAUAUAUAAAUAACCAGGAUAAAAAAAAGAUUAUAUAUAUAUAUAUAUAUGAUACUAGGCUUGGCACUAUUUGCACUAUUUGUAGAUUAAUUUUUUGAAUGCCUAGUGACUGUAUCCACUCUGUGAUCUAUGUGCAACGUACAGCUAACAGACAUUCUUCUUGCUAUCAUCAUUGUUAUAUUAUUGUUAACCACUGCAAUUAUUAUUAUUACUAUUAUUAUUAUUCUCAAUAUUUACGGAAAGAUUAUUCAUAGAUAUUACAUAAUAUCGUGUAAGCUCGACUCGCUUAGUUAUUAUCGAUCCCGCACCUAAAAUGGACUCUGUCUUCUGCACCCAUAACGAUUUAUUUAUAUAGCAUCCGCGCCGUAAAAUAUCAAGUUAAAUAGGUACGUCUUUCUAACGAUUAACGCUAUCUUUAAAACGAUCGUUCAAACGAUCAAAUCGAUAAAUGAUAACCGUUGCGUGAGAUUUGAACGACGAUUGAAUUAACGAGCACGUGUGAUUUUCGUGAAAGAUUCAAAGUGGAAUAUAAAAAUUAAAAAAAAAAAACAAAAAAAAGAAACGACGAAAAUACGAAAAAAAAAAGAAUGUAAAGAGAGACGAAUGCAGGUGCGUUUCGUGAAUAAGAGAGAGACGAGCAAAUGUUUAUUAGAUAAGAGUUUUUUCAGAGGAUAACGAGGAGGGAUCGAUCUGAUCCGUAAACGAAAUUCGGGGAAGGUUUCAGUUUUCGGAUGGAACGUCCCCUCCAUAGUGUUCCGUACUUACUUAAGCAAUCGAGACUCGAUAUAUAUCGCAUUCCUUCGUAUCUCAACGAAAUGUCCAUUGACACGAUUUUCAAUUUAUAUAAUUCAACUCUGUGGAAAGUAAUCGUUCGCUUGUAAGAGCAUCGCUAGUGUAAUAAUUAACGCGGUUUAGAGCAGUUUAUCGAUUAAGAUGCUUUUCUCGAGUCGUUAGUUUCCCUCCACCCUUGCGAUAACGAAAAGCCAAAAAAGCAAAGGAAAAUUAACGAAGAAGAAACAAGCCGAGUGCCUCGUCUUUAUCACUCAAAGACACUCGCUCACUUUGUAAAAGUCUCUCGUAUCGUAAGAAACGGUGGAAUACACAUAUUUUGCCAUCGUCGCGCUCUCUGAUCCAGAGAAACACAUUUCCUACGUAGAAGGAGUGAACAAUAUUUGCUCUACUUCUCGUACAAUCGACUCGAUAACAAUCCAAAAUAAUGGGACUUGAGGCUAAUUAACGUCUCAUCCUUCGAUUCUCAUUAAAUUCCUUUAUUUCUCUUCCGAAGUAUCUAACGGAUUAAUCGGAUCGAUGAUUCGUCACAAUUUGUUUGUCACACGAUGGACCGUUAUUUCGAUUUACUUCAGCAAUCUUCCUUUCCUCUGAAAGGUAUACCCUUUGGAAUUUGUAACAGAGUGUGUUGAUAAUUUUGUUAAGCAACUGUAUAAGAAAUCUCGAAGUGGGGACAUCGGAAGUUAAGGAAACCAAAAAUUGGAAUUAAUUCAGUACCGUCGAUCGUCGAGGCAACAAAUCCGUACUUCUUCUAAACAUGUGCGAUCAACUGUGAUCUCGAAACGAUUUCAAUGAGUAGAAUCACCUGGAAUGUCAAGCUGUUGUUCUCCAAAGUGUGUCACAGUUUAUAGAGACACGGAAGAACGACACGGUAAUCCAAAUAUGGGGAAGUGUUUGGAUUACUUGUCGUUCCCGUGGGACCACGUUGCUCCAACGUACAUCGAUCUCUCCUGUCGAAGCGAGCUCACUGUGACGACACCAAUUUGCUUAUACGCGUAUGUAAGUGAAUCAUUUUAUCAAGUAAAUCAUCGUACAAAAGUUCAACCAGCGACCACUUUUGAUAAUCUUUCGUGGAUAAUUCGAUCGACGAGACGCUGUUCUCUCCCGCGUUCGUCGCGUUCAAUAAAAACUAACAGGACACCUCCGAUAAACCGGAAAGACACAGCAUGAAAACACAACAAGAAACCGACAAUUCUCGCUGACAACGAUGGGACGUCCCGAAAUAAAAAAAAAAAAAAAAAUUAGAUAUAAUUAGAUUAAUAUCUUUAUCAACGCUGAGUUUGAAACAGAGAUGUUGAUCGGAGAUGAAGAGAUCGAGAUGAAAGAUUGUCGAUCUGCGA